UUCAUCUUUAAAUGAAAAAGCAAAAUUUAGUCAACAAAAGAGCCAAAGAACGCUCUAUAAUUGAAGCUAAACAAAAAGUUGAUUAAUGGAGGCACUUUUUUAUAAAUGGUGAAAUUGAUGAGAAUGGUAAUAAAAUAAAAUAUAGUUUACAAAAAGCUGCUGAUAAAGUAGGAAUUCCAAGAAAAUCUUUAGAGGACUAUCGUUUUUUAUUCAGGUAUAUAAUUAUAUGAAAAUAGAAAAGCCCAAUCCUUCAUUGACUUAAAGUAAGUAAGUGAUAAGAGAAUGGGAUAUUUGCGUUUCUUAAUAAAAUAACAAUAAUUGAAAUAACAAUAUCAAUAAUCUCAUUUAGAAAGCUUGAUAAGUUAAAAAGAAAAGAGUAAAAUUUUAAAGCCAGAUAAUAAUAUAUUUAUUGAAGACAUGAUUGUAGAAGGUUAAACUAAUAGAUAAAAUUGGGAUUAGGAAUUAUCAGAAUACUUUGAUUAUGCAUAAAAUGAAAAAGUUAGUUUAAAACAAUAGGAAAGGAAUUUUAAAAAAAAUUUUGAAAUCCCAAAUACUCAUUUGGAUUAACAAGUCUUUCAUGAAUUUCAAAUUGAAUGA